CGAGUAAACAAGAAAAGAGGUAAAGAAAACCCUAAGUCCCUUGCUUGCCGGCGUUGCCGCUACCCCCUGCUCCCAUCGCAGCGUCCACCACAGUCGCAGCGUCGCCCUUGCAAGACCCAGACGCCACUGCCACCGUCAUUUAACAAGAGCACCACCGUAGACCGGACCAUUGUCCACAUCCACGACUCCAGAAGGUAAAUUCUUGCUCUGCAGUUCUACUUUUGCGACUCUGCAGCUCUGGAAGACUACCGUCAAGAGCUAAGGCACUAUUCAUCCAAACACGAUAAGAUUCCUGAUUAGCUGUUGAAAAUGGAGAUUAAGGUUUUGUCGUUCCCAGCUGAUAGCCCUCCACUAUCGGUAAUAGUGGCCGCCAAGCUUUCCGGCUUUGCUCUUCCAACGGACACGUCCCUCCCUCCUGACUCUGCUCCCACCCUUGUCUUCUCAGAUGGGACGACAUUGCAUGGAACAUAUGUGCUUCUUCGUUAUAUUGGUCGGGUUGCUGCCCUUCCCAAUUUCUAUGGGCAGAACGCAUAUGAAUCUGGCCAGAUUGAUCAAUGGCUUGAAUAUGCUCCCGUCUUUUCAUUGGGUUCUGCAUUUGAGAAUGCAUGCAAAUAUGUGGAUGAGUUCUUGCAGAGUCGUACCGUUUUGGUCGGUAACUAUUUGUCAAUUGCAGACAUAGCAAUUUGGUCAGGUCUUGCAGGAACUGGGCAGAGAUGGGAAAGUUUGAGGAAGUCAAAGAAGUACCAAAAUCUUGUGCGAUGGUUCAAUUCUAUAUUCUUGGAAUAUAGUGAUGCCUUGAAUGAAGUCACAGCAAUAUAUAUUGGCAAAAAAAAGCUGGUUGCAGCCAAAUCAAAAGAGCAACAGGGUGAGAAUAACCAAUCUAAAAGCUCCUUUGAAGUAGAUCUUCCAGAUGCUGAGUUUGGGAAGGUGCGACUGCGAUUCGCACCCGAACCUAGUGGUUAUCUUCACAUUGGGCACUCCAAAGCAGCUCUGUUGAACCGGUAUUUUGCUCAGCGGUACCAAGGUCAACUUAUCGUACGCUUUGAUGACACAAAUCCUGCCAAAGAGAGCAAUGAAUUUGUUGAAAAUAUUUUGAAGGAUAUUCAGACUUUAGGUAUUGAGCAUGAUGCUGUUACAUACACCUCAGAUUACUUCCCCCAGUUGAUGGAGAUGGCUGAGAAUUUGAUUCGCCAGGGUAAAGCAUAUGUUGAUGAUACACCACGUGAGCAAUUGCAGAAAGAAAGAAUGGAUGGCAUUGAAUCAAGAUGUAGAAACAACAGCUUGGGGGAGAAUAUGAAAUUAUGGAAGGAAAUGAUUGCUGGAUCUGAAAGGGGUUUACAGUGCUGUCUCCGUGGGAAGCUGGAUAUGCAAGACCCAAACAAAUCAGUUCGUGACCCAGUCUAUUACCGUUGCAAUCCAGUUCCCCACCAUAGGAUUGGUUCCAAUUAUAAGAUAUACCCAACCUACGAUUUUGCGUGUCCGUUUGUUGAUGCAAUAGAAGGUAUAACACAUGCUUUAAGAUCUAGUGAGUACCAUGAUCGUAAUGCUCAGUAUCAACGAAUUCAAGAGGAUAUGGGAGUAAGAAAGGUUCACAUUUAUGAAUUUAGCCGGCUGAAUAUGGUGUAUACGCUUCUCAGUAAGCGUAAGCUUUUGUGGUUUGUCGAAAAUGGAAAGGUUGAUGGAUGGGAUGAUGCUCGUUUUCCUACUGUUCAGGGAAUUGUUCGUAGGGGUUUAAAAGUUGAAGCAUUGAUACAAUUUAUUCUUGAACAGGGAGCAUCAAAAAAUCUCAAUCUGAUGGAAUGGGAUAAACUCUGGACCAUUAAUAAGAAGAUCAUCGAUCCUGUGUGCCCCAGACAUACUGCUGUCAUUGAAGAACGGCGUGUUCUCUUGAUCCUGUUAGAUGGCCCUGAGGAACCAUUUGCUCGCAUUAUACCUAGGCAUAAGAAAUAUGAAGGUGCUGGGGAGAAGUGUACAACAUACUCGAAGAGGAUAUUGAUCGACCAUGCUGAUGCUGAAUCCAUCUCAGUAGAUGAGGAGAUAACAUUAAUGGAUUGGGGAAAUGCCAUAGUGAAGGGAAUAGAGAAGGACCAAGAUGGAAACAUCACCCGGUUGACAGGAGUUUUGCAUCUGGAAGGAUCUGUAAAGACCACGAAGUUGAAGCUUACUUGGCUACCUGAAACAAGUGAACUAGUUAACCUCACACUGGUGGAGUUUGACUAUUUAAUUACAAAGAAGAAGCUUGAAGAAGGAGAGGAUUUCCUUGAUGUGGUCAACCCAUGCACGAAAAGGGAAACUGCAGCUUUAGGAGAUUCCAACCUGCGGAAUUUGCAUCGGGGAGAGGUAUUGCAGCUGGAGCGGAAAGGAUAUUUCAGAUGUGAUGUUCCCUUUAUUAGGCCUUCAAAGCCUAUAGUUUUGUUUGCGAUUCCUGAUGGCAGGCAGCAAACUGGUUUGAAGUAAACCACAUAAAUCUGAAUUGUUCAGCUUUCUGGGAUUUAUCAACAUUAACAUCACUGUUUGAA